AUGAAGAAGACGACGGCAAAGACAUCGUCUGUAUCGUUCGACGUCACCGCAACAAAGUUCCGCGAAUUUCAUUCGAACGGAUUGAACGUUUUUUUACACCUGAUCACGACGCCAGCGAUGCUCGUUUCAAUCGCAGUUUCUUUGAUUUUACUCGCGGAGGAUAAGGAGUGGAUUUAUAGGACGCUCGUUUUGAUAUACGCGAUGAGUUUGCCGAGAACGAUGGGUGUGGUAAAGAAGACGACGAUGACGACGACGUUUCACUUUGAUGAAGGAGACCAACGAAAGCGCGGGACGAAAUACAAAGGGACGACGCUACUGUUCACGUGGAUUUCACUCGUUGGAAUGUCUCUUUUGAGCGAAUAUUUAGUUGAGUUUAAGUACGUGACAAACUUGAAACAAUGCGCGAUGUUGUUCGCGUGCGGGUACGUCGGUCAAGAGCUCGCGCACGUGAUUACGUUCGAGAAGACGUACCAGCAAAGCUACAUGUCCUCCUCAAAAUCGGAGAAGAAUCUCCAAAAUUGGCAAUCGCUGUUAAUCGAACACGCGUAUUUUUUGUUACCUUUGUGCUUCGACGCGUUGUGGCAGACGAGAGACGUUCCUCUCUUGAGUUGGAUUGUCGCGCAUAACUAUUUGUUGCGAUGUAAACUGACCGGAGCGAAAGAGACGAAUGCUUUGAGAGAUAUUUACGAUUUCGUGUCGAAGGAAAAUCCGUCGAGAGAUCGAACCGCGCACUGGUGGUUUGAGAAAUUGAAAGGGAAAACGAAAAAAGCGUUCGAUACUAUCAUCGACAGCGAGGCGAUUGCGGGGAUGUUUGCGAAGAAGUUUCGCUCGGACGCGUGGGCGGUGGAACCGAUUUAUUCCAUGAAUGAAAUCUACGUCGCGAGUUCUCACCAUAAUUUCAACAGCGACACGGUGUUUUACAUGGAACACUGCGACGGACCGUGGUCGGUAUAUCCGUGGUGUUUCGUGUAUAGGUGCAUGGUUGCCGUCAACGAAAAUAAGCAGGUGGAAACUAUUUUCCCGAUGGAAGGUUCGGGGUCGUGUUUAUCCGACGGCGACGUGGUUGGUUUCGAUUACCACCGCGAAAUUCACAUCAUUCGCGAUUUGCCGACGAGAAAUACCGAUCGAAGAGUCACGAUGAAGUUACACUACGUCGUGUACCCGAGGUGUUUUGGUUUCCUGGGAAGAUUUCUAGCUAAAUUGGCGUCGUUUUAUAACUGGGCGGCGAGGAACUUGUUCUUGAACACAAUCGCGCCGUCGAAUUGGUUUUGGAAAUUCAUGGCGUUCAUGGUCUUAUUCGUCACGAGGUCGGUGUUUGAGUUGGAGAAAAGAGCCGGGUUGAACUCCAUCGUCGCCGUCGUAUUGGCGUAUUACGUCGGUAAAAACUUCAUUCACGAACACUUCUUUUUGGCGUUUACCUCGUACACGCACUAUUGCAUGUACAUCGCGACGUACCAAAUUCGAGAAGGGAUUAACUUUGGGACGUUUAAACGAAACGUCGUGUUUUUCAAAACCAUCGCUUUGUGUCAUUUGGGGUAUAAUUACUUCAUCAAGUAUUUCGAAUACGAUUUGAUUUCGUUAGCGAUGAUUCUCGGUGGGUACUCGUUAUCCUUCUCCGCGGCGUACGCGUUAGGCGUGGACCAAACGUACUUUGGCGUCGAGCUCGGCGAAUGCGCGCCGAACUUUGUCGACGGGUUUCCGUACAAUCUAGGCAUCCCACACCCGAUGAUUGUCGGGAGCAUCGUCGGGUUACUCGGGUUCCACAAGAACGAAUCGUUUAGAGAACAUCUGCCGUAUUUAGUUCCUCUCCAUUGCUUGUUCUAUUUAGUGCACAUGGUUCAAGAACACGUGUACGACAUUUACAAGCACGACGAAAGCGCGACGACGAUUCAGACGACGACAAAGAAGAAGGCGUCGUCGCCAGGUAUGAAGAGUAGUAAACGAAGAAAUAGUGUUAGCAGAGAGAAGGAAUCGGAGCAGCAGAAAAAGCAGCAUCCGCACACGAACGGAACGAACGGGACACACAGCGCGACUCGACGGCGCUCAACUCGCCUUUCGCCGACGAACGAUCGAUCGCCCGCCUGGGCGCGCGAUUGA